UGCUCUCAAAAUCUUCCCCCUUGGAAAUACCUUUUCAGCACACAUCUGCUAACAAGAUAAAUGUUCAUUAAAAUCCCGUUUAUGUGUGCCUUGUAGUCUAAAUUUAAAUGUCGGAUUUAGUAGAAGAGUGGAGGGUCGUUCGACGGGGAAAAGGGGCAUCAAGACAAUUUAAAUCUAAAAAAAAAAGUCCGUCCUCCGCUGCAUGUCUUGAGGAACAGCUGGAUGUGGAGAAACUGAUCAGACGGAUCAAAGACACGGUUUCCGAGCUAAGCGCUGAGGAGGUUUGGAAGCAGUGGAAAGAUCAGCUUCUACUGACAACUUCAUCACCUGAUUGGAGACCUUCAGGCAACAGUGAGACAGAUGGCAAUCAUUACAAGAAUGCAGAGGGAAGGACAGCACGCCAACAUGUGGAGUGUGUGUGUUAUGGCCUUGGCACCUUUUCUUCUUGUGUCUCAGCCCGCUACCAACUUGCCAUGUUGCUGCUGCUGCUGGAUGCAGGACGGAUUCCCCUGAAGGAUUGCUCUGUUUACGAUCCUGCAUUCUCCUCUGCAGAAAGGGACGUAUUGAGAGGGCUAGGUUUGACCGUACUCACAGAAAAUGAGGAGGGGAAGCGCCUGGCCACCAAGCCUACCCUCUUUUAUCUAAUGCACUGUGGAAAAGCCCUAUACAACAACCUGCUUUGGAAGAACUGGAGCCCACGCUGUUUGCCACUGGUAACAAUCAUCGGAAAUUGCUUCAGCGGAAUCAGGGAGAGGACCAUUGAGAGGGAAAUGAGGCAGGAUUACAACUACAUCAGCAAAGCUGUGGAUUGGUGUGAAGAGAGACUGCUGCCGUGUCCUACCCGACUGAUAGACGUGUUCAGUGAUACAGCAGUUAUCACUUUUCCUUCAGACCGAUUGAACAAACUUCCACAGUCUACUUGGACAGAGUCACCGGAACCGCAGUACCACCAUUGUUCAGAUUUAGAGAUUAUUCUGAAACAAAAAUCCAUCUCAGACGCUCCAGAGACAGGAUAGAUGACAACAGAUAUCUGA